UGCGAAAAAAAAUUUUCUCUCUGUAUUUUUUGCAGUCCCCACGGUAAUUCCACAUUGAAAUUCCGACCUUCUUUUGAGGAGGGGAGGCAGUCCAAUGCACCCGCGAUCCAGCACACAACAAAAUCAAAACCGUUUUGCUCCUCCAUAUCCGUAAAGGCCCGCUAAUGGCAAUUCUACAAAAUCGAUGUUUCCAAUUAACUCUUUCCUAUAAAACUAAUUAAUUCGCCCAUGUUAACUAGGGCAUAAUCGUGAACGACGAAAAACUGCAGUUCAAAAGUUCUGGCAAUUUCCUUUUUUUUUUUUUUUUUCAAGCAAAAGCCAUAGAUUGAAACUCAGCAUAUCUACUUCUUGACCGAUAUCCUCAUCCAUCAUGGCGAAUCCGAUCGAUGCCGACGUCGACUAUUAUGAAUUGUUGGAAGUAAACUUCUCGGCGACGCUCAAAGAGAUUACGAAAGCCUACAGAGUCAAGUCCUUGAAAGUCCAUCCCGAUAAAAAUCCAAGCCCUGAUGCAGCGGCCAUUUUCCACACCGUGUCUCAAGCUUAUGAUGUACUAAAGGAUCGUCAGAAACGAGCGGCCUAUGAUCAGCUUUACAAAGCUCGACUUGACCGAAAGAAAAAACAAAGAGAAAUGGAUGCUAAACGCCGGGCGGCGCAAGAAGAAUUGGAACGUAGAGAGAGUGUGGCCAAGAAGGCCAAAACGGAACAAUCCCAGCUGGAAGCAGAGUACGAAGCGGAAUUAGCCCGGUUAAGAGCAGAAGGCGCCAAACGACGCCAGGAGGACUGGAAACCAGCCGAACCGGCUCAAGAAGAAGAUCUGCCAGAACCUACGGAUUUAGAUUAUGCACUCAUGUUUAAAUGGAAGUUAAAGAAGCAUGAUUUCACUGAAAAGGAUCUGGAAACCCUGUUAAAUACCAUUGGCAAAGUCGACUCCGUAGCUAUCUCCAGAAAUAAGAAACGAGGCAAGGCCAUGGUGAUAUUCAAGACGGUGGUGGAUGCUCAUGCCGUUAUUACCAGCAAGGACAGCCAUUCCACGCUUGCGCAGUUUGACACGAUCGAUUGGGCAAGUGGAAAGGAACCGGCGAUUGUGGAAAGAUUGAAUCGCGAAGCAUUGAAGAAAAAGGAAGCACAGGCAGCGACUCAAUUCGUCAAUGAUCUAAGACCUAACACGCCCACAGGCAAACCUCUGUUUUCCAGUGGCGCGACGGGUCAAAGUUCUUUCUUCAAAAACCUUCGGAUCCCUCCGCAGCGAACCUCUUCGUUUAGAAAUGCUCCUAACUUGUCGGAUAAGGAUUUCGAAGCCAUUACAUUGAUGAAAUUGCGGCAAGCUGAAAGGGAACGUCUGAUGGAGCAGGUCAAAGCAGAAGAUGAUAACAGUAACGGUUAAAUUCAUCACGUCGGCUACAUAUGAUACCAUCAGAGGGGAACGGACUGUUUCCAUUUUUUUUUCCCCAAACUAGAUCGUACUUUUAUCUAUUUAUCACUUGCUAGCGAAACAUAAGAACAUCAUGUAAUAUUGUCCUCGUAUAAACUUGUAUAUAUUCUCACUAUGCACUUGGAGGCUUCAAUUUACAUAUCCAAAUAAGAUAUUGAUCGAAGAGACACUGGUGGUGAUUGCUCGAGUGACUUAAAAAAAGGAUGGCUGUCACAUACACGGCUUACCUCCGC